GGCGCGCUCCUUUCUGAGGCGUGGUGCUGCGUGCCGCGGAGCUCCGCCGGUCUGCUCCCGUCCUGACUCACCGCUGUUCGCUCCUGCUGAGGAACAAGUCGGUCAGGAAGCCGCGCCGCAGCCAUGGCUUUUAAAGAUACCGGAAAGACGCCCGUGGAGCCCGAGGUGGCGAUUCACCGAAUUCGAAUCACGCUCACCAGCCGCAACGUGAAGUCGCUGGAGAAGGUGUGUGCGGACUUGAUCAGAGGCGCAAAGGAAAAGAAUCUGAAGGUGAAAGGACCGGUGCGCAUGCCUACCAAGACACUGAGAAUCACUACAAGAAAAACACCUUGUGGUGAAGGUUCCAAGACGUGGGAUCGUUUCCAAAUGAGAAUCCACAAGCGACUCAUUGACUUACACAGUCCUUCCGAGAUCGUUAAACAGAUUACUUCCAUCAGUAUUGAGCCAGGAGUGGAGGUUGAAGUCACUAUUGCGGAUGCCUAAGUCAACUCUAAAUAAAUUGACUUGAUCACUUGUUA